CUUGGAUUCAUUAUUCAGUGUGAUAUCAGUUGAGUUGUUGAAGAAGGAUAACAACAGAUCCACUACAAAUCUAUACUCAGGAACAAAUAAAUAAAUAUAAUGGCAGAUCACAAAGAAGAAAUUGUGAUAUCAGGCAUUGGAGGAUUGUUUCCAGAAAGCAAUAAUGUAACCGAGUUGAGCGAUUUGCUAUUUAACAAAAUGAACGGAAUAACAAUCGAUUCAAGGAGAUGGAAACCAAAUUAUUUAGGUGCAAUAAAUGGAACUGGAAAAAUUAAAAAUAUUGAAAAAUUCGAUUCCACAUUUUUCAGCGUCCAUCCAAAACUUUGCCAAGUCAUGGACGAUCUGACAAAAUUAAGCUUAGAAAGAUCAAUCGAAGCGAUUAUCGAUGCUGGUUUAAGUCCAUCAGACUUGUAUGGAACAAAUACAGGGGUAUUUAUGGGAUCUUACAUAAGUGAAGCGGAAAUGGCUAUCCUGGCUUGUCUUAAAAGUACAUCAUUUUCAAUGUUGGGUCAUAGUAGAACAAUGCAAGCAAAUCGACUUUCUUUCAUUCUCAAUUUGACAGGACCGAGUUUUGCUCAUGACGGAGGAUGGAUAUGUGGCUCCAAUAGUUUGAUAAAAGCCAAAGAAAUGCUUGAAUGUGGUUUGAUAUCCUCUGCAUUAGUUGGAGUUGCUAAUUUGGUAGAGCAACCUGAAAUACAAUUUCUUCAUCAAGGUUUGAAUAGAUUAAACAAAAAUGCUCAAACUAAACCAUUUAGUGCUGACGCUGAUGGAUAUAACAGAUCAGAAGCUUGUAUUGUUUUUUAUCUUCAAAGAGCUUCCGAAGCCAAACGUUCAUACGGGACAUUGUUGAAUGUAAAAUCUAUGCAUUUUGGUAAUCAUUCUGGACACCUACUCAAUCACGAUGGAAAACACUUUAAAUCGUUGCUGUUAGAUUCUUAUAAAGAAGCUAACAUUGAUCCUGCUACAGUUGAUUUCAUAGAAGCUCACGGAUCUGGAAUUAAGUGUGAAGAUGCUAUGGAAUUAAAUAUAAUGGAAGAAGUUUUUUGCACUGAAAAUAGAAAGACACCUUUAAAAGUGGGUUCCGUGAAGAGUAAUGUAGGUCAUUGUGAAGCGUCUAGUCUCUUUAUGUCAAUUGUAAAAGCCAUUAUUACGUUAGAAAGUGGAUACAUACCACCUAACAUAAAUUACACAGAACCAAAUAAUAAUGUAGCAGCGUUAAAAAACGGAAAAAUUCAAAUUAUCACAGAAAAAACUCCUUUUAAUGGAGAUAUAAUCGGAAUCAGUUCAUUUGGAAUGUUAAAUGCAUUUAGUCAUGUAAUUCUAAAAAAAAAUAAUAAAGAAAAACAGAUAUCCAAACAUAUCAACAGUAAUGAUUUUAUACCAAUACUAAUACUAGCAUCUGGACGGAAUGAAGAAAAUACUAGAGCCACUUUAAAAAAAAGUAAUAAAACAUUUGAGUUAAAUAUCAAGUGCCAUGGAAAUGAUCCGGAAUAUAUAACAUUGAUCAAUGAUGUAUUUACUAGAAAUAUCAAUGCUCAUUUCUUCAGAAGUUUUUCUAUUUUCCCUGUACUAGAUGAAUCACGGAUAGAUGAAGUUUUGAAUGUUGAUAUGAAGAAACGCCCGAUAUGGUUUGUAUUCUCCGGUAUGGGAUCACAAUGGCAUGGAAUGGGCAAAGAUCUUAUGAAACUUCCACUUUUUGCUGAUUCUAUAAAUAAAUGUGAUAGUGUACUAAAACCACUAGGAGUCGACAUCAAGUACAUUUUAACCACACAAGAUUCAAAAAUAUUUGAUAAUAUUCUUAAUUCUUUUGUUGGAAUUGCUGCGAUUCAGAUCGGAUUAGUAGAAGUUCUGAAAGCAUUAGACAUUAUACCUGAUGGAAUUAUAGGCCAUUCUGUUGGAGAAUUGGGAUGUGCUUACGCAGAUGGUUGUUUUACGACUGAAGAAAUGAUAUUAUCUGCUUAUGCCCGAGGUAGAGCUUCUAUAGAAACAGAACUCAUUCCUGGAAUGAUGGCCGCCAUCGGACUUGGAUAUGACCAAAUUAAAGAUCAACUCCCACAUGACAUCGACGUCGCUUGUCAUAAUAGUGCGACUAGUUGCACAAUUUCAGGUCCAGUUGAUAGUAUCAAUGAAUUCGUGUCAGAACUAAAAUCCAAAAAUAUCUUUGCAAAAGCCGUCAACGUUGCUAACAUUGCAUUUCACAGUAGAUAUAUUCAAUCCGCUGGACCAACUCUGCUUAAAUAUUUAAAAGACGUUAUUAAAGUACCAAAAAAAAGGUCUUCAAAAUGGAUUAGCAGUUCGUUACCGGAAACAAAAUGGGAAUCUGACCUUGCAAAAUAUUCUUCGCCAGAAUAUCAUACUAACAAUCUAUUGAGUAGUGUAUUAUUCGAAGACGUUCUGAAACAUAUACCCAGUGAUGCUAUCGUAAUUGAAAUUGCUCCUCACGGUCUCCUACAAUCAAUAUUAAAAGAAGCAUUACCCGAAUCAGUAACCAAUAUACCUCUAACAAAGAGAAUGUACGGAAAUUCAAUUAGAUUCUUACUUACUUCUAUUGGAAAAAUGUAUUCUAUUGGAUUAAAUCCAAAAAUAAAAGAACUAUAUCCAAAAAUAACAUUUCCUGUAAGUCGUGGAACACCUUCAAUUUAUAGUUUACCAUUUUGGGAUCAUUCUGAAAACUGGACUAAAGAACUCAAUAACAUUAUGGAUAAGCAAACUGGUGAAAAAAAAAUUGUAUUAUUACUUAAUGAUAACACACAUUUAAUCAAAUAUCAAAUCCAUGGUCAGCAUAUAAUUCCAUUUUCGUUUAUAUUAUUUGAAGUUUGGAAUACGUUUAUUCAAAUAAGCAAUGUUAAUUUGUUCGAAAAUACAGUUAAAUUUAAAAAUCUUUGGUUUAAAAAUAAUGUAAAAAUGCAUCUAACUGAUUCCUCUGAAUGUUUAAUAAUGAUUCAAUUGGGAUCUGGUAUUUUUGAAUGCAAUAUCGACAAUGAGAUCAUUUUUAAAGGUGAAAUAAAAUUUUUAAAUGAUACAGUCAUUGCUGAUAUGGAAGAAAAAUCAAUACGGUUAAACAAUACAUUAGAUGACUUUCAAGGCUAUAUAUCGGAAAAUGAAAUAUAUUCUAUUUUAAAAAAUAAUGGAUUAAAUUUAGGAGAAGACUUCAAAAACAUAACAAAUUUUGAAAUUUUUAAAAAUAACAUUCAAUGUUCCAUAAAAUGGAGAAACGAUUGGAUUUAUUUUUUGGAAGGGUUAUUUAAGUUUCCAUUUUUAGAACAUUUAGGGACAGGCCCUAUAAAAAUUCCUGUUUAUAUAAGAGAAUUGUGUAUAAAUCCUACAUUAUUUGAAAAUCGUUCAGAAAAAGAUAUAAGCGUAAAUUACAACAAACUAACAAAUGAAGUUACUUGUGAUGGAAUUAAAAUAUUAGAUAUUAAAAGCGAAUCCAUACCAUUACCCAAACUUAAGUCUUUAGAAGUUAAAUUACAAGAAAAAUCAUUUACUAAAUUCAACUUUUUAAAUUGCAAAGAUAUUAGAGACUUUAUUCGAGAUUCUAUGGAUAUAAUAAUGGAGCCUAAUAAAUUAAAUGUCGAUACAAGUGGAACAAUUAUUCUUAGUACUCCAUAUCACUACAACGAUCCAGUAGCUAAAAUAUGUACAAAUGAAAUUAAUCAAAUUAUUGAAAAUCAAUUAUCUAUAAAUACUAUAACAAUAAACUGGGACAACAUUCGGAAUGUAUCAGAUUUGGAUGAAUCUGGAAUGUUUAUCACCGUCACUAAUGUGAAUUAUUUGCAUGAUACAGUAAGAGCUUUAGCAAAUAAAAAAAAUAGUGUCAUUGUUGUAUGUUCAUUAAAAAAACUUCAAGAACUUAAAGAAUGGAAAAUCGUCAUGCAACAAGAAUUUGAAAAUAAUAGCUGUUUAACAUUUAUGAAAAAGAUAGUAAAAUUAGAAAAAAAUAACAUAUUUAUUGAACCAAUCAAUGAUAGUUAUGACUUGAGCAUUUGGAGGGCAUUAGAAACACAUAAUACAACAAACGACAGAAUUUACAUAAUUUCAAAAUCAGAGCCGUUGGAAGACAUUGAUGCUUAUGUAAAUAAAAUCUUACAAAAGUAUAAAUCAAAGAAAUUAAGAUUCUUCUUUAUAUUGGAUUCGAACGCACCAGACUUUGAUUCCAAUCACACAUUUUAUACAAACCAACUAUUGAAAGAUUUUAUGGUAAAUAUUUAUAAAAAUGGCGGUUGGGGUUAUUAUAAAAGAAUCGCUCUUCAAGAUUUAAAGUAUGAUAUUAAGGUCAACAAAAAUAUAGUUUUUAAAAAUUUCAUUGCAAAUACUGAAAACAAAUUAACAGUAAAAUAUCUUGGGUUGAAUUUUAAAGAUUUAGUUGUUGAAGAAAACACCGAAAAUGAAUUCGGACUUUUGGAAUACUCAGGGUAUAAUAAUAACGAGACAACUAUGGGAAUAACAUCACUAGAAAAAAAAUCUUUUCAAAUGAUUUAUGACCCAAUAUUAUCAUGGCCAAUACCACCGACGUGGUCAUUAGAAGAAGCAACCACUGUUCCUUUGGCAUACACCAUGAGUUAUUAUAUUUUUAACAUCUUACGCAAACUUCAAAAGGAUAAUUCUAUUUUAGUAACUUCGGGGUUACAUCCAAUAGGCCAAGCUGCAAUCGCAAUAAGUUUAGGUAUGAAAUGUGAGACUUAUGCUGUAGUAGACUCAGAACAACAAGUAGAACAGUUAUCUGGUAUCUUCCCAGAGCUAUUACGGUCAAGAAUACUUAUAAACACCAAUAACAAAUUUGAUAUUCAAUUAAAAAUGAUAACCAAAUCCAGAGGAAUAGAUUUCAUAUUGAACUUUUUGAGUGGUGAAUCAUUUGAAGCUGCUUUUCGUGCAUUAGCUAGUCAUGGAAGUUUCUUUAAUUUCUCAAAAUCAGAUAUGAAAAAUCAAAGAUACAUAGGAAUGCGAAUAUUCUUGCAAAACACAUCGUUUUUCGCUGUAAGUCCAAACAAUUUGUUAAACGAAAGUGUAGAAAACAAACAAAUUAUAAAACAAAUAUUCAUGGAUGGAUUGAAUAGAGGCGUGAUCAAGCCUUUCCGCAGUCGUGUAUUAACUACGUCAUUGAGUGAUUGUAAUAUGUUUGACAUGAUGAGAAUUAACGCUGCAUCAAUUACUUCUGAAAAAAUAAUAUUAUCGAUAAAUGAUGAAAUCAAUAAUAAAGAUAGUUCUAAGUUAAGGGGAAAACUUGGAUGUAACACGUAUGAAUGUCAUCCAGAUAAAAGUUACCUAAUAUUUGGUAAUAGAGGAGAUUGGUUAGAGCUUGCUGAAUGGUUGGUCGACCGAGGUGCUCAAAAAAUUGUUGUCGUAGUCAAAAGAUGUCUAAUGUCAUCUACUAUUUGUAGAAGAUUUGAUAAACUCAUCUCACGAAACGUAUCCAUACAAAUUGAAUCAGAUUCGCAUUUAAAAUCAAAAGAGGGAUCGCUUAACUGGUUAAAUUGUUUAACAUCAUCUAACGUAUUGGGUGCAUUAUUCAUAAUUAAUCAGUCUGACGAUAAAAAAAUUAAUAAUUUACGAUAUUGUUUUGAAGAACAUAAGAAUAAAAUAACUGCUACUCCGUUUAUAUGUAUACUAAGUAAGGCAGAACAUAUUUGUGCUGAACUUAAAUCAAAAGGUUUCAAUGCAUUAAAUAUAUCUUGGGAUGGGCAGUCCUUAGAAUCAAAAAAUACAGGAACACUAUUACCUUCUCUAGAUUUUCUACUUCAAAAUUCAAACACUUCAGAGUCUUCUUCAUUUAUAUGCACUGAGGAAAACAAUAAAUCAAAAUGGUCACAAAUACAACAAAUGAACGAUGUGAUUAAAAACUUUUUCCCUGAAACUGUUAACGAGUUACAUCUUCUUAAUAAUAAAAUAACAAAUGAAGCCGGAUUUAUCGAAGUGAAUACAAGAAGUCCGAGAUUAUCACAGUUGAAAUCUGUGCUACCUGUGUUCGUUAUACCAGGAUUGAAACCGAAAUUCAUUGAAUCAUUUUAUAAACAAUUUUUUUAUCCUGUUUUUGAAGCUCAAUAUCCAGAAAAUAUUUCAUCAAUUGAUAAUUUAGCUGAAACUUUAGUGAAUAAACUUAAAAGCAUUAGUGAUCAAAGUUACGUAUCCAUUAUUGGUGAAUCUUUUGGUGGAAUUAUUGCCUUACAAAUGGCUCAAAUAUUGGAAUCGCAAGGUAUACUAGUUACCGUAACAUUAUUAGAAGUUGAUCCAGAGUUUUUGAUUGGAUGGGCUAAACAAUUCCUGUCAAAUGAUAAUUUUUCCAACAAAUUAAAUAAAAUGUAUAGUUCAUUCUUCACCGAGUUUUCUAAAUCUACAGAUCAAAUGAGUGAUAAUGAAUUGCAACUGAUAAAUAUGUCUUAUCAUCAUAAAAUAUUCGAAGAAAAUACACGCAGAGCUUUAAACCUUAUUUGGUUUUUAUUACGAACAUCAUUAGAGUUUAAGCCUCUACCAAAUAAAUUGCAUACAAAAGUGUUAAUUUUUAGAUAUGAAAGAAAUUUUGAAUUCAAUUGGACCAAUUUAAAUGAUUAUUGUAUGAAUUUGCCAUAUAAAUACAUUGUACCUAAGCCAGAUUAUAAGAGUAUGUUGGAGGACAAGAAAACGAUUGAAGCUAUAACAAAGAACGUAGUACAAUUAUAUCCAGCUGGAGUAGAAUUAUCAUUAAAUGAAAAAUAUGAAAAUUUCUACUUCUACCAUGAAAGAAUGUUUCUCAAUUUUUAAAUCAUAAAAUAAAUUUUUUUUUUAGAAUUAAUUUUAGUAUAUACAUAUAUAUAUAUAUAUAUAUAUA